UGUUAGAAAGGUUAAAGAAGGCCAACUUGAAAAUUAAGCCCCAAAAAUGUGUCUUUACCAAAAAAGAACUUAAGUUCCUCGGAUAUGUUGUAAGCGCCCAGAGUGUAUCUAUGGACCCUGACAAAGUUCAAGUGGUCCAAAAUUUUCCAACGCCAAGAAAUUUAAGGCAAUUACGGGGAUUUUUAGGAUUAAAUGUGGCCUACCGUUGGACCGUUAAACAGCAAGAAGCAUUUGAUAAGCUUAAGAAAAAGCUUAUGGUUGCUCCUGUUUUGGCCUACCCCGAUUUCACAAAACCAUUUAUUCUUUUUACAGAUACAUCGGAUUUGGCUCUAGGAGCUAUACUCUCCCAAUUGGACUCUAAUCAUAAGGAACAGGUGGUAGCCUAUGCAAGUCGCUCUUUGACGCCUGCUGAAAAGAAUUAUGCAGUCACUGAAAAAGAGUGUCUUGCUGUGGUUUGGGCCAUUUC